UAUCACUCUGCGCGGAAGCGUUCCCAGUGGAGGACUGUCCCAAGGAGAGACGCAAAAAAAGUGACUAUGGAGCUUCUGCUGAGCCUAAUACGAAGUGACUGAGGCCAUGUCUGGAUCCCCAACGCCCUGAGAGGUUCUUGUUCAAAGAUGCAACCAGGAGGUCCAUCCGCUCCUCCUCCGCCACCACCACCUCCUCCUCCUCCUCCUCCUCCACCGCCACCGCCUCCUCCACCUGCCCCUCCAGCCCCUGGCCUUCCUCCAUCCAUAGAUGGCCCUGGAUUCACCAGGGGAGCGCACCGGCGCUCCAAGAUGCGCAACUUCAACUGGGAAACGCUUCCAAAACACAGCGUGAUAGGAAAGCACAACAUCUGGACGGUUGACAAACCUGACGGGGAAUAUGAGCUGGACACCGUUCAUAUGGAGGAGUUGUUCAGCCAUAAACAGCAACAGCAAAAGGCCCUGAGUGUGAGGGGCCAGCCAGCUGCUGCUGCUGCAGUAGGGGAAAUGGUUUCCAUCCUCAGCUCCAAGAGGAGCAUGAACAUCGGAAUCUUCCUGAAGCAGUUCAAGCGGCCUUUGAAAGACAUGAUUGAAGAAAUUAAAUCAGGAAGUAAUCAAAUUUUUGGUCCUGGAAAACUGCGGGAGCUGUGCAAGAUGCUGCCAGAGGAAGGCGAGGUGAGGAAGCUGGUUGGUUUUAAAGGCGACCCCUCUGCCCUCCCUGAUGCAGAUUUGUUCAUGCUAAUGCUGGUCAAGAUUCCCAGGUAUGAAGAGCGUCUCAGCAGCUUGGUGCUUAAAGAGGAAUUUUUUCCCCUAAUGGAUGAAAUGAAAAAGCUAAUUGGUACCUUGACAGCUGCUGGAACAGAGCUGCUAGAGUCGGAUAAUCUCCAUUCUAUCAUCCGUUUGGUGCUGAAGACAGGAAAUUACAUGAAUGCUGGUGGUUAUGCUGGCAGCGCAGUUGGCUUCCGAAUGUCUUCCCUGCUAAAGCUAGUGGAUACCAAAGCAAACAAACCUGGAAUGAAUCUUAUGCAUUACGUCGUGAUGCAAGCCCAGAAGGCAGAUAUGGCCCUGCUCAAAUUUCCGGAACAACUCAAACACAUUGAAGAAGCAGCAAAAGUAAAUAAAGCUGAGCUCGAAGCAGAGAUUCAAAGACAGAUAAAGAAAGUACAAGAUGCUAAAGCAGACACCUUGAAGCAGGAAGAUCUAAAGGCACAAAUGGAGGAUUUUCUAAAGGAAGCUGAGCUCUGCUUGGCAGAAAUAGAGUCUGAUCUUCAGGAGCUGCAGUCGGUAAGCGACUCUGUGGCAGAAUACUUCUGUGAGGAUCCUGAAAAGUUCAGACUGGAGGAGUGUUGCUCCAUUUUCAACUCCUUUUGUGAGAAAUUCCUGAAGGCCAUGCAGGAAAACAAGGCCAGAGAGACGGCGGAUUUGAAGCGGAGGCACAGAGACAGACUAGAGAACGCGGCCAAGCGCAGGUCUACGGCUACCUGCUCCAGCAGAGACAAGGAAAUGGAAGGCGUCGCAUUAGAAUCCGUACUGCAAAACUUUCUCACCAAGUCUACCUCCAGGAGAAGAUCUGGAAAGAUCUCCUCUACUCAGGGAAGUCCAGUGUGCGGGAGCCCUGAUAACGGGAGUCUAUCAGAAAUUACUUCACAAACAAACCUCCCCACUGGAAAUCAAAAGCAUCUGGGUUCUUUUAGAGCAAAGGACAUUGGCAAAAAAGAGUGGAACUCGGCAGCUGAACUCACUGGGAUUUUAUCACAAAAGACAGUCCAGCCGAAAGCUGAGGAUAACAAGGCCGAAAGUGUCAUUCCUCAUAAAGAGGAGAAUAAAGUUUCCACAAAAGAGGAUUUUAUAAACCCAGCCAAAAGGACUGCUAGCAUAAGCACAGCUAGAUCUUUUUCAGCUACCACUGAAGAUGGUGAGGAAGAUCUACAAGACAAUGAUAAGGAGGAGGCCCAGAGGUUGCGUGAAGCAUCUAAAAAAGUUUUGCGUUUUCAGAGCCGUGGUGCCUCCGUGGAGUACACUCAAGAAAAUGAGAAAUCUCCUGGUGCACGUAAAGCUUUGCCUCGUCAGCGUACCUUGGAUGAGGACACGGGGAGCUAUCCCGGAGACCCGACCAAUGAGGAUUUGCUUCAAUUUUUGUCCGACUCUCCGUCCUCCCCUAAACGUAGCUUGGGCCGCCGACACACUAUGCCUACCAAAGUCCCUAAAACUGAGGAAGAGGACGAAAGUGUGUGGACUCAGCCUCCAGCUAGAACUCCAAAUACUGGGUCACAAGAAAAGGCAACAUUGCCAGGAGAGGGUGCAGUACACACUUCAUCAAAACCAGUGUUUGAUUUUCCUGACACUUCUCCCAACUUGAAAAAAUCUGGUGCUGGUGACCAGAAUUUACCUCAAGACCAAGAGACGAAAUCAGUUGAGCCCACAGGUAACCACGUUAAUAGUGAAAAUAUUUCUCCUAGGAGUGUGUGGUUUAAGACUGAGACUGGAUCUGGAAUAUUUUUCAGCUUUUUGAAACGGCUCGGAGAUAUGAGCAAAACGCAGAACAGCAAGGAAACUGUUCAUAAAAGCACGGGUUCUGGUGUGUAGCCUUUAAAAAUGAGUUACUGCCAAUUAGAAGAUAUAUUUUGGCUGGCUAUCAUGGCAACAAUAUAAUCUUCAAUGAGAGAGGUUUGAAAGAGAAGGUUCUGGGAAAAGGGUUAAAGAAUGUUUUUUUUGUUGUUGAGGAAAAGGGCAAUUUGUAUGUUGGACCACUAGAUGGCAGAGUAUUACAGUAGUAAGGUGAAAAGAGAGCUGUUGUGGUUUUAAGACAAUCUGUUUAUUGUCUAGCUAACAAAAGAAAGAGGGACAUGUUCACUGUAACACAUAUUUUGUCUUCAUUUUCUAUCCAUGCAUUCUUCCAACAAUAUGGUAUUGUCCUGCAGGAGUUGGAUAAAUGAGUGAGUGCUACAGUGAGUGUUCUUUGUCAGGAUCAAAACGCAGAGUGUACUGAGAAAGUGUGACGAAUGUAAGGGGAACAGAGGAAGGAAGACAGAUCAAAGUCUUGAUUUGAUUGUUAUUUAUGAUACUAGCGUUGGCUUGCACAUAAUGCUUGAAUGCAUUUUUUUUUUUUUUUUUUUUUUGCUAUAUAUGUAUAAUGAUGACCGUAUUCAGAAUUAUCCUCAUCUCUUGUCAGAGAAGCACAUAUGUGGACGAUUGCGGAUGCUUUCAGGGCCAUACUCAAUCCAGCCAUUGUUUCAGAUCUUAAUUGGGUCAGUGUUACAAAGGCAGACUGUAUAUGAGCUGAGCUGAACCGCGGACGACGGCAAAGUGAAGGGUGCUGAUCCCAAAUUAACUUGAGAAGAGGUUAACAUGGUUGAAGGGGAACAGCACCUGGUGCCAGACUAUGAUGGAAGGUCUUCAGUCACACACGAGCAGUGUCAAGGGGGUGACUGAGGCCACAGUUUGGGCCAAUGCUUCAGAACGGGGGUUCACAAUAUUAGUUCAGCUGUUCAGCGUGUCUUAACAGCUGACGCCGGACUUUAAAUGAUUCGCUUUUUGGUCAGCUUUUAUUUUUAUGUGCAAAAUGAAGUCAUGAAGAUUGCAUUCUGAGUAAUGUUUCAAGGAGGAGAAAUCUGAACGUUUUUUUAAAAUAUUUCUUUGUAAUAAAAUGUAUAGACUGAGAUGCAUGGCCAUUGAAAUUACGGAGAUAUAAAGAAUGAUGUCCCAGAGUUUUCAAUGUGUAACUGUAAUGACUGGUCAGCUGUAAAUAAAGAAAUUUCAGUAUUUAACAUGUA